AUGAGCUCUAUAAAUAUUCUGUGUCCUUUUCAUUCAAAAGUUGUUAACUUUCUAAAUAUUGAUUUAAAUGUUAAAAUAGGUGAUAGAGUAGCAUGUGAUGAAUGUGGUUUAAUUCGACCAAUUAGUAUAGUAACGGGAUUAGAAAUAUAUAAUAGAAUGGCCACAUAAUAAAAUUCAUAAAUAGAUCGUUUACUUGAUCAAGAAGUUAAAACUUUAGAAAAACUAAAAAAUAAAUUAUACAAAAAGACAGAAGAAUUAUUAUAAAAUAUUAAAUCAUUAGAGAAGGAAAUAGAAGGUUAGAUAUAAAAAACAAUAUAAAAUUUUUAAAAUCUUAAGUUAACAUAGUAUUAAAUUGGACAAACAACCUUAAGUCAAUUAUAAAAAAUGGCUUAGCAAAUUAGUCUAUAUAAAAAUCAAGAAUUUUAUUAAGAAGUUAUUGAUAAUAUAUAAAACUAUCAAGGAGUAUUUAUUAAAUAGUUUGAUACAGCAUUAAAAUAUGUAGAAGACUACAAAAAGUCUAUUGAAGAAUUAAUAACCUAUUAAAAAUGUUAUGAACAUCCAUAAGAAAUAUGUUUUGAUCUAUAAAUAGCUCAUAAACAUAAUUUAAUUAUUAGUAAUUGUGAAAAUAAAAUAAGAAGCUAUUUAUUUAAAGAUGACAAAUUACUUUAACUAUAAGAAGAUAAAUCUCAUAGAGGAUAUAUUGAGACAAUAUGUUUGAGUAAUUCUUAAAUGUUCUUUUUCUCUGGAGGAGUAGAUAAAAUUAUUAGAAUUUGGAAAAUUUCAGAUAAGGGUACUUUUGAAUUAAGUUAAGAACUCAAAGGUCACAAAGAUUGUAUAAAAUCUAUAGUGAUUAAUUCUUAAGAUAAUUAAUUAUUUUCUACAGGAUAUGAUCAAACUAUAUAGAUAUGGAAUAAAUGUGAAAGUUAAUGGUAAUAAUCAUAAAGUUUGAAUGAGCAUAAAAGGGAAAUAUUACAAUUAUAAUUAAGUCAAAAUGAUAAGAUUUUAGUAUCUGUUAGUUGGGAUAAAUCAAUAAAUAUUUAUUAAAGUAUUUCAAAAGUUUGGAAAAUGAUAUAGAAAAUAGAAAAUGCUCAUUAAUAUGAUAUUUUUUCUGUUUGCAUUAUAAAUGAUGAAUAAUUUGUUACUGGUAGUAGAGAAGUAAUAAUUUGGCAAAGAAAUUCAUCUACUGGAUUAUUUACUUAAUUGAGAAUACUUUAAUCAAAUUUAGGAUGUGUUGAUAGAAUCAAAUUUCAUCCAAUUUUGAAAAUAAUGAUAUCCUAAAAUUCUUAUGCUGUAGAUAUAUGGAGAUUUGUAGAAGUUGAUGAUCCUUUGUAAAUAUAAAGAUUAAAAGGAUUAUAUUAAGGAUCCAUUCUUACAAAUGAUGGUCAAUAUUUAAUUGCUUAUAAUGUAGAUAAUAAGAAAAUUAUCAUUAACCGAAGACUAUUCUGA